ACUACUUUUGUUUACCAAAACAGAGAGAACAACACAGCAUGGCCUCAAUCAAACUUGGUCUACUGUUCCUUCUUCCAAAUCUUCUACUCCUUUAUACUCCUGCACACUCUAGCGAUAAGGAGGAGGAGAGUGUUCUGAAGGGAAUCAAUAGCUUCAGGCAAACUCAGAAUCUUCCAACACUGAACAAAGUUAAAAAGGCAAAUUGUUUAGCUGAUGAGAUCGCUGAAGAAAUAGAGGACGAGCCAUGCGAGAACGUGAACCAGUUCUACCCGUCAACAAGAACUGGUGCUGCCUCCAGCGCAAACAUUCCAAACCUUCAAAAACACGUAGACAAAUGUGACAUUGACAUUAACACCACCACAGACGGUGUGAUUCUACCAGUUUGUGUGUCCAAAUUGGAACCCACCGUUGUGCUCUCUAAUUACACGCAUUCUGAUCGCUAUGCACGGUUUCUCAACAAUUCCAGGUUCACUGGGGUUGGUCUUGGUUCUGAGGAUGAUUGGAUGGUUCUUGUUCUCACCACCAACACUUCCUCUGGCACCUUCUCUGCUUCUCAUGCUGCUGCAACAACUUCUGGCAUCAUUAAGCAUGCCGUUUCCAUGGACUUUAUGUUCUUCGCUUUGCUUUUUCUUCUCUUGUUGUAGUAAUUAAUAGUAUGUAUUAGCUUUAGUUAAUUAGAUUCAAUGCUUUCUGUUUCUUUUGGACUUUCAUUAGUUAGAGUUUAAUCCAAGGUGUAAUUUGGAUUUGCUGUAUGUAAUGUAAACUUGAUUUGGACUCGCGAAUUUAAUUAUCUGUUAAUUAA